UGCGUUGCGACGCCCUGCUCUUCCCACAAUGCAGCUUUUCAUCGUGUUGGUAGACUUUCCCAGGAUGCUUUGCGCUACUAGCGAGAAAAUGGCCGCUGGCGGCUCUUCGCAAGCUCCAGUAUCUUUUGGAUUUAGUCGCAGUUCGAAAAAGAAAUUCCUUGUGGCCAAUGGAGAUGAGAGAGAAGAGGACGAGAAGGAGUAUUUGGUCGGGGCAGAGGGUAAAGAGUUGCUCAGCGCAAACCCUACUCCAGAAGCCAAGGAGCUAGUUAUUCCCCUCAUACACAAAAAUAGGUGGUCCAAGCCGAACAAGAAAAAGGACAAUGAGGAAGAUGCAGUUCCAGGAACAGAAGAAGAGGCCGUGCUGUCACAGGCUGUAAAAGAGUUGAUAGAGGAAUCCCGGCGCACCCUAGAGGAUAAUUCAGAGACAGAUCAAACUUUGAGCAUCCCACUGCUUAUGCAGAACAGAAUUCCUGAUGGUUACGAAGAUGGAGAGAAGGUGGAUGUUAGCUUACGCCCAGAUUCUGCGGAGGCUGCAGACUAUGAUGCAGUGCCUGUGGAGUAUUAUGGGAUGGCGAUGCUGAGAGGAAUGGGAUGGAAGGAAGGAGAGGGCAUUGGACGCACAUUUAAGCAGGAUGUAAAGCCAUUAGAGCAGAAAUUGCGCCCUAAAGGGCUGGGACUCGGUGCAGAUCGGUCUGCUCUAAAGGAUCUGGAGCCACAGAAACCGCGGAAACCAUUAAAACCUGGGGAGAAACUGGAAGAAGAGUCAAGAGGUCUUGGCAAAGGGAGUUCAGUACAGAUACAGAGUGGAGCUCACAAAGACCUGUAUGGGAAGGUAGAGGGCGUUGACCCAGACAAUUCCAGGGCAAUGAUCAAGCUUGCCAUUGGUGGAAAGGUGGUUACAGUGUCUCUGUUUUCCUUGCGAUUGGUCAGCAGCGCAGAAUAUACAAAGUUUGCAAAGGAUCUGAGCCGAUUAAGUAAAGCGCAUCAGGAAUCCAAAGAGGAGCAACAUAAAGACAGAAGCCCAGAUAAAGAGCAACAAAGAAAAGAUGGUGAGAAACACAGUGAGUCAAGCAGGAAUAGUGACUUAAAUAACAGAGAAAAGAGACAUCGACAAAGGAGUCCAGAUCGAGAGAAAGAAAAGAAGAAGAUAAGGCCAGAGCCACAGGGCUGGCUACAUCGGGACUUAAGGGUUCGCUUUAUUGACAAAAAUUAUAAAGGGGGAAAGUACUACAACUCUAAGAUGUUUAUAGAAGAUGUUUUGAGCCCAACAAGAUGCUCAUGCCGAACAGAAAGUGGGCGUAUCCUGGAUGAUAUGAGACAAGACAUGCUGGAGACAAUCAUACCUAAAGAAGAGGGAGAACAUGUGAUGGUAGUAUUGGGAAAGUAUCGGGGCAUGGUUGGGAAGAUUCUUCACAGAGACAAGCAGAAAAGCAGAGCUUUGGUCCAGUUACAAGGGGAACAUGACUCUGCGGAAACCCUGAGCUAUGAUGCCAUUUGCCAUUACACUGGGGCGCAGGAUGACUAAGGCCUUCAGCACAUACUAUUCUGGGAGGCACUGUGUAUAGAGUUCUAAUGUGCUAUUUUUUAUUUAAUGACUGUAAAUAAAUCAUUUUCUAUACAAAGUGAA